GGAGACCGGGCUGUGUCGCAUGACACGGGGUCGGAGAGGAACCAGAAGCGCCGUGGCUACACGCAUUCCGUCCGUGAAGAGGCGAUCCCAGUCGAGAGCCAAAGUCACCUGCUACAGAAUACGAGCCCUACAAGAACGAGGCCAAUGCAGGAGAGCAGGGACGGUCCUGAUCAGUGCCAGCGUGUCAUGGGGGAUGAUGACACCGACUGCUGUCGGCUCUUGCAGACUCUUCUGAAGGACUACAGGGACAAUCCGUGCGCUAAUGUCUUUGUGGGCCAAACGCUGGGACAGCCAGCGAGCUUCGCAAAGCUCUUCACGGAGGACUUGGGGUUUUCGCUGACGGAAAGUCUGGCGUCUGCUGACGGCCCGAAGAAUAGUGGCUGUGCGCGAGAUCAUCGUCAGAAACGAGAAACGCUGGACUGGUACGCGUCUGACAUUGACGAACGCAUAGCGCUUCGCGAACUAGCUGCGCAUGCCUGCUCCAGAAUGUCUGGCCCUCCUCCUCCCGUCGAAGAACAAGAAAGCGAGCCACUACCAAAGCGGGGUAAGAAAACAGGGGCAGCACGCGGCGCACCUUUCAUGAAGAGCCUCGGGCGUUUAGAAGGUAUACCUUCUCAAGAGUGGAGGCGGGCUUUGGAUUGUCUGAAUGUUGAUGCUCGCACUCUUCACCCCUGUCUCACCUUUGCAGACUUGCCACCAUUGAUGUUCACGUCACAUGCUGCGAC